CUAAGAUGUCCUCUCUUUUUGCACCUCUAGGUAUGAUGCUGGGCGGGACGGCUUCAUCGACCUGAUGGAGCUAAAGCUCAUGAUGGAGAAACUUGGGGCCCCUCAGACCCACCUGGGCCUGAAAAACAUGAUCAAGGAGGUGGAUGAGGACUUUGACAGCAAGCUGAGCUUCCGGGAGUUCCUCCUGAUCUUCCGCAAGGCAGCGGCCGGGGAGCUUCAGGAGGACAGCGGGCUGUGCGUGCUGGCCCGCCUCUCCGAGAUCGACGUCUCCAGUGAGGGCGUCAAGGGGGCCAAGAGCUUCUUUGAGGCCAAGGUCCAGGCCAUCAACGUGUCCAGCCGCUUCGAGGAGGAGAUCAAGGCGGAGCAGGAGGAACGGAAGAAGCAGGCGGAGGAGAUGAAGCAGCGGAAAGCGGCCUUCAAGGAGCUGCAGUCCACGUUUAAGUAGCGGGGGCUGCACCGACCGCCCUGCUCCGGCCCCAGCGCGGUGGGCGAGGGUGGCGCAUGGGAGGCUGAGCCUGAAUCCUUGCCUCUGUCUGAUGGGACCACUACUAAAAACCUAAAAAUGUCUGUGAAUGGAGCAAGUUCAGGGGUCUCACGGAGAUGGCCCGGCCCCUCCCCACUCCCUCUGUUCUUUGCGAGGCCGCAACACCGGCUCCCUGCCUGGCCCGGCCCUCCCUAGCAAUCCCUGGGCUGUCUUGCACCCCUGACUGCCCCGCUACCUGCUCCAGCACUGCCCCUGGCCCAGUUCCUGGCCCUAGGUCCCUCCCGGCCCCAUGUGCCUGCCCUCCACCAUCCCCGUCCCCCAGACCUGGGAACCCCUGCCCUCCUCCAGCAGGUGGCACCGCCCCCGGGGCCCCCUGCCAGCCCCUUCCCAGACUGGGAGAUAGCAGAAGAGAGAGAAUCAAAGCUGCCCCCACAGAGUGGGACCCAAGGGGCUUGUUGGAGGCAUGAGGGGACUCCUCCCCAGGGGCUCUUCCUCCGCCUCUGCCUCUUCCAUCUACUGAAAUGGGAGAGGGUGUGGGGAGCUUCUAUUCUGGUGAAGGGACCUAGGCCCCCCGCCCCCCAUGCUGACUUGGAGACCCCCAGAUCUCUGGGGCCAGCCAGGCAGGGUGUGGGGGCAGCUGUGCCAAUCUACCUCACACGCCCACCCCCUGCCGGGCUUGCCGUGGGAUCCUGGGCAGGGAAGGCUCUGGGGGUCGGAGACACCGCUCCUUAGCACCCACGCAGAACAGCCUGAGGGUCCCAGGGGGCUCUGGAGAGAGUGGGGUGGGAGGAAGACUUGGCGCCUUCCUAGGGAAGGAAACGAGCGCUUCAUCUUGAUUCUCUGAGAAGCGUCUGAGAAGUGCUUUAAGUGUGUUUGCAUGCGCCAGGCAGUGGGCAGCGGGGCCCUGUCCAGCCCUCUCCUGCCAUCCUUCCCCAAGUGAUGUCCACCGCCUUGUCACCAGCGACCUGCCUGUCAUGCCCACCCCCUGAGGAAGCAUGGGGACCCGGACAGGCCGUGGUCAGGCCCACGCCACCGGCCCGGUUCGGCCACAGCUUCCCACGUGCUUGCUGACAUACGUGUGCCUGUGUGUGGUGUCUGUUGCUGUGUCGUGAAACUGUGACCAUCACUCAGUCCAAACAAGUCAGUGGCCCUCGAGGCCACAGUUAUGCAACUUUCAGUGUGUGUCAUAACGGCGUCACUGCUUUUUAAACUCGAUAACUCUUUAUUUUAGUAAAAUGUCCCAGGAGUCCUCGAACCUACGCGGACUUGCAGAGGUUUUAUUUUUUGGCCUUAGAAUCUGCAGAAAUUAGGAGGCACCGAGCCCAGCGCAGCAGCCUUGGCCCCGGAUUGCGUUUGCCUUAGCGGAUAUGUUUAUACAGAUGAAUAUAAAAUGCUUUUUUUCCUUUGGGCUUUUUGCUUUUUUUUUUCCCCCCUUCUCACCUUCCCUUCCCCUCCGUCCCACCCCCCGCAAAAAAAAAGCUACUUCAUUCCGUGGUACGAUUAUUUUUUUUAACUAAAAGAAGAUAAAAUUCUAUAUUCUUA